ACAAGAGCAGCCCCCCUCUCAGUGGGGAUCGAAGCUUUCAUUGCAUCAUACCCGGACAAUUGUUUGGUCUACAAACAAGGAAUCCAACAGAGAGAUUUAAAUAAUUGAAAGAAAAAAAGAGGAAGAAAAAAUGGUAUUCCCACCGCCUCCAACUGGCUCCAUCGACUGGAGCAACAUUGGCUUCCGAGUCCGCGAAGUUAAUGGGCACAUCCAAAGUACCUACUCCAUCCACACCAAGCAAUGGACCACACCAACCUUCAUCCGCUCCCCCAUCCUCCCAAUCCACGGCAUGGCCCCAGCCCUAAACUACGGCCAGCAAUGCUACGAAGGGCUGAAAGCCUUCCGUUCCGCCUCUUCCGACUCAAUCCACAUCUUCCGCCCGCUCUCCAACGCCAUGCGCCUCGAGCACUCCGCCGCCUUUGUCAGCAUGCCCGCCCCGCCGACGGAGCUCUUCCUGAGAGCGGUGGAAAUGGCCGUCUCCAUGAACGCGGAGUUCGUGCCGCCCGCAGAGUCCGGUGCGAGCAUGUACAUCCGGCCAUUGCUCUUCGGCUCGAGCGCGCAGUUGGGGCUGAGCCCACCGGAGGAGUACAUGUUUGUUGUGUUUGUGCUCCCCGUAGGAGUCUAUCACGGCGUUAAACCUGUGGACUGCUUGAUCCUGGAGAACUUUGACCGCGCGGCGCCGAAGGGUACCGGGUCCGCUAAGAUUGGCGGGAACUACGCUCCCGUUCUCAGGCACUCAGAUGCAGCGCGGGAAGAAGGUUUCGGGAUAACGCUGCACACAGACUCCCAGACGAGGACCUACAUCGACGAGUUCUCCACCUCCGGCUUCAUCGGCGUUCUCCCAGACAAGACGCUCGUCAUCCCCCAGAGCGACAGCAUCAUUAAAAGCGUCACCAGCGACAGCGUGCAGACGAUCGCAAAAGACCUAUUCGGCUGGGACGUGCAAACACGCAAGGUCAAGGAAGCGGAGCUAGAGGACUUUGUCGAGGUCUUCGCUGCGGGCACGGCCGCAGCGCUUGUCCCCAUCAAGAGCAUCACGAAGAAGAGCACAACCUGGAAGAAGGUAUACGGCGGCGAAGAGCCGGGCGAGGCUUUCGUUGCGCUGUUGGACGGACUCAAGGGCAUACAAAGUGGCAGGGACAGAGAUCCGUUCGGGUGGAGAGUCCCCGUCCGGGAAUUCAAACUCGACGAGGCCACCGGUCAGGGGGUUCAGGCUAUUGAUCAGAUGCCUUAGUUUUUUUCUUCACUUUUUCCCUCCCUUAUUUACCUACUUCGCUUGAAAUAUAUCAUACCACCACACACAUACACACACAUAUAUAUAUGCACAAAGAGGGACCUACUGCGUGAUAAAGUUGACACAUGCAUGCGUGCAUGAAAAUCAACAUCAGCGAUCAUUAAAUA